AUGGUUAGUUUCUCAAAUUUCUUUAAGUGUGCUCGAAAGACUCCCAUUGUUGGUGGGUCAGCUGGUUCUGCAACGGAUGGAUCUAAGUACGCCAAAUGGUCAAAAGAACAACUAGUUGAACGCAUCAUUGAAUUAGAAAGGGACAACAUUCCUAAUAAACGCAGGAUCGACACUGUUGCUAUCGCUGACUCUAAAUCUAAAAAGAAGGUUAAAAAAAACCGGAAAAAAGAGUUCGAUUAUUCGAACUAUAGUACCAGAUUUAUUGCCUUGAAAUUUGCAUACUUGGGUUGGAAUUAUAAUGGUUUAGCCAUUCAAAAGGAAGUAACCAAGCUACCAACCGUAGAAGGAACAAUCCUAGAAGCUAUGAACAAAUGCAAACUAAUACCAUCUAUGGUACCCCAAGAAUACAAUUUCAGCAGAUGUGGAAGAACUGACAAAGGUGUCAGUGCUAUGAACCAGGUUAUAUCUCUAAGGGUAAGAUCUAAUUUGACUGAAGAAGAACAGAUGGAUCCACAAAAUGAUGUCCGAGAGAUCCAAUACGUUACUAUUUUGAAUCAGUUAUUGCCAGCUGACAUUAGGGUAUUUGCUGUUUCAUUGAGACCACCACCAGGAUUCGAUGCAAGAUUCAGUUGUAAAGCACGUCAUUAUAAAUAUAUUUUCCACAACUCUGGUUUGAACCUCACUAAAAUGGAAGAAGCUGCCAAGUUUUUUGAAGGAGAGCAUGACUUUAGAAAUUUUUGUAAGAUUGAUGGGUCCAAACAGAUUACGAAUUAUAAAAGGACGAUAUUGAGCGCUAAAAUUUUAAAAAUAUCAAAUAAUUUUUACUGUUUCGACUUGAUUGGCUCAGCAUUUUUGUGGCACCAAGUUCGCUGUAUGAUGGCAAACUUAUUCCUAGUAGGGCAAGAAUUGGAAGAACCACAAUUAAUUCCAGAUAUGAUGGACGUUGUGAAGACACCUCAGAAGCCAAUUUACGAGAUGGCAAGCGAUGUUCCUUUAUUAUUAUACGACUGUAAAUUUCCUGAUGACGUUGAAUGGAUUGAAACAAACGUAGAUGAUUAUAAGUCCAUUAAAUAUGGUAAAGCCGUAGACGCAUUAACUUUAAAUUAUCAGAUCAAGACAAAAGUUGCAGAGGUUUUCAAGCAAAUAUUGCAUUUUGAAGACGUUGAUUUCACGGAUAAAACAAGAAUAAACUUGGGUGAUGGUAAAGGUAAGAUUGUGAACAAAUAUGAGAAGAUGAUGGACAGAGAAGUGAUGCAAACAGUUGAAACCAUAAAUGCCAAAUUCAAACAACGUAAGGAUAAGAAGAAAUAA